GCCCCGCGCGUGCGCAGCAGAGCGCCGGUAGCGAGCGGAGUCUGCCACCGCCGCAGCAGCCGUAGCCAUGCCGGGCCUGCUGCUGGGCGAUGAGGCGCCCAACUUCGAGGCGGAGACCACGCAGGGCCGCAUCCGCUUCCACGACUUCUUAGGAGACUCAUGGGGCAUCCUCUUCUCCCACCCACGGGACUUCACACCCGUCUGCACCACAGAGCUUGGCCGGGCAGCAAAGCUGGCAUCCGAGUUCAGCAAGCGCAAUGUGAAGAUGAUCGCCCUCUCCAUUGACAGUGUCCAAGACCACCUGUCUUGGAGCAAGGACAUCAAUGCGUACAAUGGGGAACAACCUGAGGAGAAACUCCCCUUCCCCAUCAUUGCUGAUGCAAACCGGGAGCUCGCUGUCAAGCUGGGCAUGCUGGACCCAGAUGAGCGGGACAAGGACGGCAUGCCCCUGACCGCUCGUGUGGUGUUUGUUUUUGGCCCGGAUAAGAAGCUGAAACUCUCCAUCCUGUACCCAGCCACCACUGGGAGAAACUUUGAUGAGAUCCUGAGAGUGGUGGACUCCCUGCAGCUGACAGCGUACAAGAAGGUUGCUACGCCUGUGGACUGGAAGCCUGGUGACAGUGUCAUGGUCGUGCCCACCUUACCUGAUGAGGAAGCCAAGAAGCUCUUUCCCAAAGGAGUCUUCACGAAGGACCUGCCGUCGGGCAAGAAGUACCUGCGUUACACCCCGCAGCCGGAGUGAGUGGGUCCGCCAUCCGUCCCGCCAGGCUGCACAUCGUUCGGUGUUGGGAGCCUUCCCCAUGCCCAGCUCCUGCCUCCCCCACACCGUGCGAUCAGCAGCCUCGUACCAUCAACAUUGAUGGUGCAUCACAAUACUAAACCAAUCUUCCCCAUCCCUUUCAUCCCUCACAUCCCCUCAAAACUAAAAUCCUGGGUGUUUUCUUGCCUUGAAUCAGCCCCACAAGGAAGAGAUUAGCAGACCAGUGGGGGCUCCAGGGCUCAUGCUGUGGAGUCUCUCAUGUUCAGCGCUGGCUGAGUUUUUCCCGAAGGCACGGUGGGAAGCGUGGUGUCAGCAGCCGGGCCCCGGAGGGGUGUCCUGCUGGGCUCACACACCUUCCCAUCAGGGAGCUUUGGGGGCUCCAAGCUGCUGCGUGCCUUUCAGAGCAGCCGUCACUAACGCAUUUACACCUUUGUGGGAUCCUGUGCGUAGAGGAGGAGCUGCAGAGCCAAAUCUCUCACUGCUUUCUCAUCUGUUGCUGGAAGUCGGUUGGUUUUAGGUUUUAUGGAAGAGGGAAUAGAGCAAAUAAACUGAUCUUCAGUACUA